AUGAUAGUUUUAGAAAAAGCAUAUGCGGUUGAUAUUGUAAAUGAAAAAGAUGAUUGGUGGUUUGACAAUGGAGUAACAAGACAUGUAAUCAAUUCACCAGAAUAUUUUGUUACUUAUAAAGAAUUUCAAUCCUCUACUAAUAUUAAAACAGCUGGGAAAGAAGUUCUUAAAGCACUAGAAAAAGGAACUAUUCAAGUAAAAUCAUUCAUUCCUAAUCAUAAAUAA